AUGGCACUUAAACACCUCAUCAGCAUGAUAAUCACCACCCCGUCACUGGUCUGGUGGCGCGUUAAGUUUUUGCGUGUGGAGUUAGGUUGUGAGUUAAUGAAAGAACAGAACCGGCAUCAGCAUGCAAAAGAAUACAACACUGAUUCAAGCACGUGUCCUUAUCGCCCUUCGGAUUCUCUGAAGCGUGCUGAGAACGCUUGA